GCAUGGUGUCUAUGACUACAGGAUCGUUUAUUUCUGCAGCUAAUAUCAAUACAGGUGUUAAUCAACUUAGUAUAUGGCUUACUAGUCAGGCUAUUAAUGUACCAGCUGGUUGGAUUGAUGCAUGUGUUGCUUGGCUUGCAGAAGAGCAUGGUGGUAUUGAUGCAUGCGGUCAUUUGACAAAAUCUGAUUGGUGUCAGUUAAUCUAUGAACAAUGGCUUCAUUCUGAUUUGAAACAAUUGGCGUGUCCUGUCCUUCCGUCAACUGUACCUACUGGAAACAAUCGAAGUGAUUAUUUGAGAAGCAGUAGUAGUAGCAGUACAAAUGAUACUGGCUCACAUGCACUGAAAUUAGAUGGUGAACUAUGCCUCCAGGUAGAUUUAUCAAGGUUGUCAAUCUAUUUAACAUUGGUGAAUCAUUCUAUGGUCAAAUGAGACGAUAUGAGGGUAAUUUAAGCGUUAAUCUGCCACCAUUGGAAGUGGAUGGCGAUGAAAAUCCUGAUGGUAAUGCUACUCAAAUGACACAGGCCGUUAGUCAAUACCUUAAUCAAAGUGCUACUCAAACGAAUAAUACUCGGCAGUCAACAGUGGCCAGUUGUGUCACUUUAAUUUUAACUGAUGGAGUUAGCGAAAUUAAAGCAAUAGAAUUUGGUAGUCGACCUUCAACAGGAUUACGAUCGUCUGCCUUAUCUUUCAAUGAAUUAUCACAGAAACUUCGACCUGGUGUAAAAAUUCGUCUACGUGGACCAUUACUUCUACGCAACAAUGUUCUUCUAGUUCCUCCUGGUGCUAUACAAUCAUUAUCUAGUCGUCAGUUAGAAGUUUUAGGCGGAGAGGUAGAUGAACUUUUAGAAAAGUAUGAAGAGAAUACAAUGUAUGAACUUGGUAAACUGUUAGCUAAUAAAUUAAAUAUACCAUUGAAUGAAGGUAACAACAGUCUACCGUCUUGGUUUCCUCGUAUAACGCCACAAGUUCGUGAUCCUGUUGACAAUUCUUCAUCUACACAAGAUUUGGAUAUUAAUCAUCCUCAUCAGUCUAAUCAAAUGUCAAAUUUGCAGAGAACGCAUCAAGAUCCUAACAAUACUACUACUAAUAAUACCAAUGUCCAGAAUAGAGAUCCACUAAGUUCUAAUCGCUUCACAUCAACUGUAAUGCCAAGCUCUCCAGAAUUGUGGGAUGAUGAGACAUUUGAUGAUGCAAUAUUAAGUCAUGCUGCUCAAUCUUUGGAAAAACAACUGAAUACUAACCGAAGUGGCAUACCAAGCUCACGAUGUCAGUCUAUUCCCUCCUUUAAUGAUCCACUUCGACUACCAAAUUUUAUGGCUGAACAACUACUACAACAACAACAACAGUCAAGUCAAUCAGAGAUGAGCAGUAUUGAAGAUAGUCUAUGUACUACAAAAAGAGUCGAUGAUGAUGAUCUGGAGGAGGAUACUGAUCAUGAUGAUGAUGAUCCAUUUUUAGGCGAUCAAGUUGAUCCAGAUAUUUUAGCCACAGCAUUAGCUGAAAUAGAUGAUCAUAAACCUGUGAAAGAUUUGACUGUUCAACAGCCAAUAGUGAAUGUUGUGAAAUCGUAUCAUUCUACGAUGAAAGUAUCCCCGACUCUGCCAACUGUAGCCACUUCUUCGUCUUCUUCAUCGUCAACGUCAUCAUCCUUAAUGGCAAAGAGUUUCACACCCAAUCAGCCACCAAAAUUACAGUCAGAACCAAGACAAACAUUAAAACAAACACUUUUAAAUUUAUACACACGUAAUGAUACAUUGACAAAAAGGGAUAUGGAUGCCUCAUCUUCCCCCUCCCCCUCCGCUGCGUCCUCCUCCUCCUGUUUGCCUAAAAUCCAAUUGACUAAACCUUCUACAGUGGAAUCUAUAAAAUCAGCUAUUGUAAAACCUACUAUUGAUAUUGAUGAUAGUGAAGAUCUUUUACCUCCAGCGCCUAAACGUAAACCAAUUGAAUUGAAACAGAACACUGCCUCUGUUACUGGUGUUAGUGGUAAUAAAAGUAAUUUGAAAGAUAUACUACGGUCUAAUGUUCCUUCAUCUGGUUUGUCAACGAUGUUAAAGACAGAUGAAGGGAAAUCUAAAACAAGCUUGAGUAGAAACAAUGAUUUCGAUGAUAAUAAUAAUAAUGAUAAUAAUAACAAUAGCAGUACUGCUGUUGGUUGUAAACCUCAAACAGCUAUUUGUCAGCCUAUCAUUACUACUACUACUACUACUACUACUACUUCAUCACAAAGUGAUUAUCGAUUUCAACCAUUUUGUUACAUUCAAGAUAUGUAUCAUAGUCUAUUACAAAAUAAUGUUAAUAAUGGAAAUGUGAACACAGUAUCUUCUGUAUAUCGAAUUCGUGGUUUAUUAAUUAGUCUACUGUCAUCAUUAGAACAUCAUCAUGGUACUAAAUGGACAUUGGCUGUACGAAUUACAGAUGGCAGUGCAAUUGUCGACUUAGAUGUAUCAUCUGAAUUAUUAACUGAAUGGAUUGGCUUGACACCACAAGAAAGUGAAUCACUGAGACAGAUGAGUCGUGUAGAUCCAAAUUCUUCGAAUUCAUUUGCUGUUCAAGAGGCACAAAAGCAUCGUCAACGUUUGCGUACAGCACUAACAAAUUUUCAAGGCUUUUUAUCACAUUUAGGCGGUUUAUUCACUAUUACCGCACAACAAUCGUCUACGCCAGAUGAUACUGAUAAAGCGACGACAUCUGAUACAACCGGUGACAAGAACAGUACUUCAGCUAGACAGUCUAACGAUGAUAAUAGUAGCAGUAGUAAUAGGACAACUGACAAAGCCAGCCGACCACUUCUGAUUGGUUACAGUGAGUUGGAUAAUUGUUGGUUGAAAGAAUUACACAACCGAGUUAUUACGUGUUAUAGUGAUAAAAAAUUUAUACAAAAAUUAAAAAAUGUUUUUAAUUAAUUUUGUAAUUAACUAAUUUUUUCUAUUUGUUUCUUUGUUUGUUUCCGAAUAAAAAUUGUUUCUUGUUGAAAGAGGAUGUAAAAUAAA